CGCCUCGCCUCGGCCGCCGGAGAGGACGCCGCUGCCCGGCCGGGACUGGACGCCGCGGCCCCGCGCCCGCCUCGCCCCCGCGGACCCGGACUAAUGGCAGAAGAAUAAGCCGCCAUGGCAGCCAUGGUUCCUCCAGUGAAGCUGAAAUGGCUGGAGCACCUCAACAGCUCCUGGAUCACUGAAGACAGUGAAUCUGUUGCAACGAGGGAGGGAGUCUCAGUCUUGUACGCGAAACUAGUCAGUGACAAAGAAGUGGUGCCAUUGCCUCAGCAGGUCCUCUGCCUCAAAGGGCCUCAGUUGCCAGACUUUGAACGCGAGUCCUUGUCCAGCGAUGAGCAGGACCACUACCUGGAUGCCCUUCUUAGCAGCCAGCUGGCCCUGGCGGAGACGGUGUGCUCAGACUCUCCGUUUGCUGGAGCCCUUCGGAAGCGGCUGCUUGUCUUGCAGCGCAUCUUUUACGCACUUUCCAACAAAUACCACGACAAAGGCAAGGUGAAACAGCAGCAGCAUUCUCCGGAAAGCAGUUCUGGCUCGACAGACAUCCAUUCUGUCAGCGAGCGGCCGAGGUCUAGUACUGACGCGCUGAUAGAAAUGGGGGUUCGGACGGGACUGAGCUUGCUGUUUGCACUGCUAAGACAAAGUUGGAUGAUGCCUGCUUCAGGUUCCGGGCUGAGCCUUUGCAACGAUGUCAUCCACACUGCGAUAGAAGUUGUGAGCUCUUUGCCACCCUUAUCCUUAGCCAAUGAAAGUAAGAUCCCACCGAUGGGGCUGGACUGCCUGUCUCAAGUGACGACCUUUCUUAAAGGCGUGACGAUUCCUAACUCUGGAGCGGACACUCUUGGUCGAAGGCUGGCUUCUGAGCUGCUGCUUGGGUUGGCUGCUCAGCGAGGCUCUUUGCGGUACCUCUUGGAGUGGAUCGAGAUGGCGCUGGGGGCAUCUGCAGUGGUGAACACGAUGGAGAAGAACAAGAUGCUGCAGACACAAGAAGGGAUGAUCAGUUUUGAUUGUUUCAUGAACAUACUAAUGCAAAUGAGGCGGUCGUUGGGGUCAUCUGCUGAUAGAAGUCAGUGGAGAGAACCAACAAGGACCUCGGAUGGCCUCUGCUCUCUCUACGAGGCCUCUUUAUGCCUCUUUGAGGAGGUUUGUCGCAUGGCAUCUGACUACUCUAGGACCUGUGCUAGUCCGGACAGUAUUCAGACGGGUGACGCUCCCAUUGUUUCUGAGACCUGUGAAGUGUAUGUUUGGGGCAGCAACAGCAGCCACCAACUUGUAGAAGGAACACAAGAGAAAAUCCUUCAGCCCAAGCUGGCUCCAAGUUUUUCUGAUGCUCAGACAAUAGAAGCCGGCCAGUACUGUACUUUUGUCAUCUCUACGGAUGGUUCUGUUCGAGCUUGUGGCAAAGGCAGUUAUGGCAGGUUAGGUUUGGGCGAUUCCAACAAUCAGUCCACUCUGAAAAAACUUACUUUUGAACCUCAUCGAUCUAUCAAAAAGGUGUCGUCCUCUAAAGGCUCUGACGGUCACACAUUGGCAUUCACAACAGAAGGAGAAGUCUUCAGCUGGGGAGAUGGUGACUAUGGUAAACUUGGCCAUGGGAACAGUUCAACUCAGAAAUACCCCAAAUUAAUCCAGGGCCCUUUGCAAGGAAAGGUAGUUGUCUGCGUAUCAGCUGGAUACCGGCACAGUGCUGCUGUUACAGAAGAUGGCGAGUUAUACACCUGGGGUGAAGGCGACUUUGGUAGACUAGGUCAUGGUGACAGCAACAGCCGUAACAUUCCAACUUUAGUCAAAGAUAUUAGCAAUGUAGGAGAGGUUUCCUGUGGCAGCUCACAUACCAUAGCUUUAUCCAAAGAUGGGCGAACCGUGUGGUCAUUUGGAGGAGGAGAUAAUGGCAAGCUUGGUCACGGUGACACCAACCGAGUAUAUAAACCUAAAGUAAUAGAAGCCCUGCAGGGAAUGUUCAUACGGAAGGUUUGUGCUGGAAGUCAGUCUUCACUGGCUCUCACGUCCACGGGACAGGUGUAUGCCUGGGGCUGUGGUGCCUGCCUUGGAUGUGGCUCCUCAGAAGCAACUGCACUUAGGCCCAAGCUGAUUGAAGAGCUGGCUGCAACUCGGAUUGUGGACAUUUCCAUUGGGGACAGCCACUGCUUGGCACUUUCUCAUGAUAAUGAAGUUUAUGCUUGGGGUAACAAUUCCAUGGGGCAGUGUGGCCAGGGAAAUUCCACGGGUCCCCUUACAAAACCCAAGAAAGGGAGUGGUCUCGACGGAGUAGCAAUUCAACAGAUCUCUGCUGGAACCUCUCAUAGCCUUGCCUGGACAGCCCUUCCUAGAGAUAGGCAAGUGGUUGCCUGGCACAGACCUUACUGUGUGGACCUUGAAGAAAGCACCUUCUCUCAUCUCCGUUCUUUUCUUGAGCAGUAUUGCGACAAAAUCAACAGUGAGGUUCCCCCUCUUCCUUUCCCUUCUUCAAGGGAGCACCACAGUUUUCUGAAGUUGUGUCUGAAGCUGCUUUCUAACCAUCUUGCUCUUGCGUUAGCUGGUGGUGUCGCUACAAGCAUUCUUGGGAGGCAGGCUGGCCCACUUCGGAAUUUAUUAUUUAGAUUGAUGGACUCUUCUGUCCCAGAUGAAAUACAGGAGGUUGUAAUAGAGACUCUGUCAGUAGGAGCCACGAUGCUGUUGCCUCCUUUGAGAGAGAGAAUGGAAUUGCUGCACUCGCUCCUCCCCCAGGGGCCCGACAGAUGGGAAAGCUUGUCCAAAGGGCAGAGGAUGCAGUUGGAUAUUAUACUGACGAGUUUGCAAGAUCAUACCCAUGUUGCAUCCUUGCUGGGCUAUAGCACGCCUUCUGACGCCACAGAUGUUUCCUCCCUGUGUAUCGCUUACGGGAAUACCUCCGAUCCAGCCUACAGUGCCCAGAGUCACCACCCAGACACUCACCUGGCUGAAAUUUUAAUGAAGACUCUCUUGCGGAAUUUAGGGUUUUAUACAGACCAGGCGUUCGGAGAGCUGGAGAAGAACAGCGACAAGUUUCUGCUCGGGAUGUCCUCCUCCGAAAACAGCCAGCCCGCUCAUCUCCACGAGCUGCUGUGCUCCCUACAGAAACAGCUCCUGGCAUACUGUCACAUCAACAGCGUGAGCGAGACCUCCAGCAGCGUGGCACUCCUGCACAAGCACCUUCAGCUUCUGCUUCCUCACGCCACGGACAUUUACUCGCGCUCUGCUGCUCUGUUGAAGGAGAGCUCUUGGAACGGCAGCGUUGGGGAAAAACUGAGAGACGUCGUUUACGUGUCUGCAGCAGGAAGCAUGCUCUGCCAGAUUGCAAACGCCUUGCUGUUGCUUCCUGUGUCGGUGGCCCGGCCUUUAUUGGGUCACCUGCUCGAUCUCCUCCCCCCUCUUGACCGCCUUAACAGGCUGCUGCCUGCUGCCACGCUUUUAGAAGACCAGGAGCUGCAGUGGCCUCUUCACGGUGGGCCUGAACUCGUGGAUCCUGCUGGCGUGCCCUUGCCACAGCCCGCACAGUCCUGGGUGUGGCUUGUGGACCUGGAGAGGACUGUGGCGCUGCUCAUUGGACGCUGCCUGGGUGGGAUGCUGCAGGGGUCUCCUGUGUCUCCAGAGGAACAAGAUACGGCCUACUGGUUGAAAACGCCGUUGUUUAGUGAUGGAGUCGAAAUGGAUAUCCCACAGUUGGACAAAUCCACGAGUUCCUUGUUGGAGGUUGCUCUCUCUGGAAAUGAAGAACAGAAGCCUUUUGACUACAAGCUUCACCCGGGAGUCUCUGUUUUUGUGGAUUUGGCCUUGGGCUGUGCCAAGGAGCCUGCCCGGAGCCUCUGGAUGAGCAUGCAAGAUUAUGCCAUCAGUAAAGAUUGGGACAGUGCCACCUUAAGCAAUGAGUCACUUUUGGAUACCGUGUCUAGAUUUGUUCUUGCUGCACUGCUGAAACAUACAAAUUUACUUAGUCAAGCAAGUGGUGAGAGCCGGUAUCAGCCUGGCAAAGCACUUGUAGAGGUAUACCGUUGUGUUUAUAAAGUUCGGAGUCGUUUGCUUGCUUGCAAGAAUAUGGAACUUAUUCAGACAAGAUCGUCCUCAAGAGACAGAUGGAUGUCAGAAAAUCCAGACUCUGCAGACCAAGAUGCCCAAGAGAUGCAUUCCUUUACCCGGACUAUUGAUGAAGAAGCAGAAAUGGAAGAGCAGGCAGAAAGGGAGCGAGGCGAGGGGCAUCCGGAGCAGGAGGAUGAAGAGGAGGAAAGGGAGCAUGAAGUGAUGACUGCGGGCAAAAUAUUUCAAUGUUUCCUAUCAGCCCGUGAAGUUGCGCGCAGUCGAGACCGAGAGCGAAUAAAUGGUGGGGCGGGGGCUCGAGCAGAUGAGCCCCCCCCUCAGUCCCAGCCAGAGCGCCGAGGCAGCAGAGACCUCCCUGAGGGUCAAGACGUGUACACCGCUGCCUGCAACUCUGUGAUCCAUAGGUGUGCCCUGCUGAUCUUGGGAGUCAGCCCCGUUGUGGAGGAGCUGCAGAAACGGAGGGAGGAGGGGCAGCUGCAGCAGCCCUCGGCUGGCACUCCAGAAGGGAUCGGCUUGAUGACCAGAAGUGAAAGUCUUACCGCAGAGAGUCGGUCGGUCCAUUCCACUUCAAAUUACAAACUGAUGAAAUCCAGGAGUGAAUCUGAUUUGUCUCAGCCUGAAUCAGAUGAAGAGGGUUAUUCACUAAGUGGAAGGCGAAAUGUGGAUUUGGACUUGGCAUCAUCACACAGAAAGAAGGGAGUUACCCACAGCCCAAUGGAAGCUCUGAGUGACUCGUGGACGCGGCUGAAACACAGCAGGGAUUGGCUGUAUAGCUCCACCUGUUCGUUUGGGGAGUCUGAUUUUGAUUUUACCAAAUCCGUGGGAGUUCAUACCUUGAUCGAGAAUGUGGUUAGCUUUGUAAGUGGAGAUCUGGGGAACCCCCCAGGUUUUAAAGAGCCUGAAGAAAGUAUGUUGGCGAGUCCCCAGGCCUACGUCAUUGCCAUGGAGCAGCAGCAGCUGCGAGCAGAGCUGCGUUUGGAAGCCCUUCAUCAGAUCCUGGUGUUGCUUUCUGGGAUGGAAGAGAAAGGCAGCACCCCCUCAGGAGGGAGCCGCCAAGGGCCCGGGUUUCCAUCCUCCUCGCUUCUCACUUCAGUGAGGCUGCAGUUCCUGGCUGGGUGCUUUGGCUUGGGUACCGUGGGGCAUGCAGGAUCCAAAGGGGAGAGUAUCCGUCUCCAUCAUUAUCAGGACAACAUCAGGGCAGCAAAAAGAAGCAUCCAGACUGAAAUUCAGGUGGCCGUGCACAAGAUUUAUCAGCAGUUAUCUGCAACAUUGGAAAGAGCACUCCAGGCAAAUAAACACCACAUAGAGGCACAGCAGCGCCUCCUGCUGGUGACCGUGUUUGCCCUGAGUGUUCAUUACCAGCCUGUUGAUGUCUCCCUGGCCAUUUCCACGGGCUUGUUGAACGUCCUGUCCCAGUUGUGCGGCACAGACACCAUGCUCGGCCAGCCACUGCAGCUGUUGCCCAAAAGUGGCGUCUCCCAGCUCAGCACGGCUUUAAAAGUAGCCAGCACCAGACUCCUUCAGAUCCUGGCCAUCACCACAGGCACCUAUGCUGAUAAACUGAGUCCCAAAGUGGUCCAGUCUUUGCUGGAUCUGCUGUGCAGUCAGCUGAAAAACCUCUUGUCACAAGCGGGAGUGAUGCUUCUGGCUUCCUUUGGGGAAAAAGAAGAUGGAGAAGAGGAAGAGGAGGCAGAAAAGGCCGCGGCUAACGGAGAGAGUGAAAGGAAGGACUUCAGAGCAGCCCUCCGAAAACAGCAUGCCGCAGAGUUGCACCUCGGAGACUUCUUAGUUUUUCUUCGAAGAGUUGUUUCUUCCAAAGCGAUUCAGUCAAAAAUGGCUUCUCCAAAAUGGACAGAGGUGCUUCUGAACAUUGCCUCUCAGAAAUGCUGUUCAGGCGUGCCCUUAGUUGGCAACCUGAGGACCCGACUGCUUGCCUUGCACGUACUGGAGGCUGUCCUGCCUGCUUGUGAAUCGGGUGUGGAGGAUGAUCAGAUGGCUCAGGUAGUUGAACGGCUUUUUUCCCUUCUGUCGGACUGUAUGUGGGAGAGUCCAGUUGCUCAAGCCAAGCACAUACUUCAGAUCAAAGAGAAAGAGCAAGAAAUGAAGCUGCAGAAGCAGGGAGAAUCCGAAGAUGAGGACGAGAACCUGCCCAUCCAAGAGGUGUCCUUUGAUCCUGAGAAGGCCCAGUGCUGCAUAGUAGAGAACGGCCAGAUCUUAACUCAUGGCAGUGGAGGGAAAGGCUAUGGAUUAGCAUCCACUGGAGUCACUUCUGGGUGUUAUCAGUGGAAGUUCUACAUUGUGAAGGAAAACCGAGGCAAUGAAGGCACAUGUGUCGGUGUGUCUCGCUGGCCAGUCCAUGAUUUUAAUCAUCGCACAACCUCCGAUAUGUGGCUGUACAGGGCGUAUAGUGGCAAUCUCUACCACAACGGGGAGCAGACCUUGACAUUGACCAGUUUUACCCAGGGGGACUUCAUCACAUGUGUGCUGGAUAUGGAAGCCAGAACGAUCUCCUUUGGUUAUAAUGGAGAGGAGCCGAAACUGGCCUUUGAAGAUGUGGAUGCUGCAGAGUUGUACCCUUGUGUGAUGUUUUACAGCAGCAACCCUGGAGAAAAGGUCAAAAUCUGUGACAUGCAGAUGCGUGGCACCCCGAGGGACUUGCUGCCUGGGGACCCCGUCUGCAGCCCCGUUGCCGCUGUGCUCGCGGAGGCCACGAUUCAGCUCAUCCGCAUCCUUCACCGGACAGACAGAUGGACACACGGCAUCAACAAAAAAAUGAUGGAGCGGCUCCGCAAGAUCAAAACGUGCCUUAAAGACACAGGCCAGAAGCUGAAGAAAAGCCGAUCUGUUCAAAGCCGAGAAGAGAACGAGGCCCGAGAGGAGAAGGAGGAGAGCAAGGAGGAGGAGAAGGGCAAGCACGGCACUCGGCACGGGCUGGCGGAUCUGUCUGAACCCCAGCUAAAGACUCUCUGUGUGGAGGUGUGGCCAGUGCUGGCGGUGAUCGGCGGAGUCGAUGCCGGGCUUCGUGUGGGCGGCCGCUGCGUUCACAAGCAAACGGGGCGGCAUGCCACCUUGCUCGGGGUGGUCAAGGAAGGCAGCACAUCCGCCAAGGUCCAGUGGGAUGAAGCAGAGAUUACCAUCAGCUUCCCAACUUUUUGGUCGCCUAGUGAUACGCCACUGUAUAAUCUGGAACCUUGUGAGCCACUGCCUUUUGAUGUUGCGAGGUUUCGGGGACUGACAGCCACCGUGUUGCUGGACCUGACCUAUCUGACUGGCAUCCAUGAAGACCUGGGGAAGCAAAGUGCCAAACGACACGAAAAGAAACACAAACACGACUUGGAAGACAAAGGAGACGUGGACCUGAGAACGGAAGGGGGCUCUGCGUCAGAGAUGCAAUCUGUGCCGAGUGCUGAGGAGGUCAAAGCACAGGGAGCUGCGAGUUCCAAGUCGGACCACGACCUGGCUUCCUUUUCUUUGGAAUCUGUUUCCUUAGGUAUGGAUUGCCAGCACCCGAAUGCCGAAGGCAGAAGAAAGAAUCACGACCACGCUUCCAAGAAUCACGAUGUGGUACAAUCAGAAAUCCGGGCCGUGCAGCUAUCCUACCUGUACCUUGGUGCUAUGAAAUCGCUGAGUACUCUUCUCAGCUGUAGUAAAUAUGCUGAACUGCUGCUCAUCCCGAAAGUCUUGGCAGGGAGCGGUCACAACUCCGACUGCGCUAGCUCUCCCGUUGUUCACGAAGACGUCGAAAUGCGUGCUGCCUUGCAGUUCUUGAUGCGCCAUAUGGUGAAACGGGCAGUCAUGCGCUCUCCCAUCAAGAGGGCACUUGGACUUGCAGAUCUGGAGCGGGCGCAGGCCAUGAUCUACAAGUUGGUGGUUCACGGGCUGUUGGAGGACCAGAGUGGUGGCAGAAUCAAGCCAGAAGUGGAUCAGCAAGCGGAAGAGAACGAUGCUGCUCAGCAGGCCCAGACCCCGGUGACGACAAGUCCUUCCGCUUCUAGCACCACUUCUUUCAUGAGCAGCUCUCUGGAAGAUACGACGACGGCCACCACUCCGGUAACAGAUACGGAAACGGUGCCGGCCUCUGAGUCGCCAGGUGUGAUGCCUCUCAGCCUCCUUAGGCAAAUGUUCUCAAGCUACCCAACGACUACGGUGCUUCCCACGAGACGCGCACAGACGCCUCCCAUCUCCUCCUUGCCAACCUCUCCCUCUGACGAAGUGGGCCGGAGACAAAGUCUCACCUCUCCCGACUCUCAGCCUGCAAGGCCAACCAAUCGCACAGCUUUGUCAGAUCCAAGCAGCCGCCUUUCAACAUCUCCUCCGCCUCCUGCUAUUGCUGUGCCAUUGCUAGAAAUGGGGUUCUCCCUCCGGCAGAUUGCGAAAGCGAUGGAAGCCACAGGGGCAAGAGGGGAAGCGGAUGCCCAGAAUAUCACCGUCCUGGCAAUGUGGAUGAUCGAGCAUCCUGGGAACGAGGAAGAUGAAGAGCCUCAGUCGGAAGAGACCUCAGACCCGCACCGCGGGCCGAUCGUCUCUGGGGGCAGCGGGAAGUCCAGUGAGCAGGGCUACCUGCAGUCUCCUGGGGACAUCCCUUCAGCUGAUGCCACUGAAAUGGAGGAAGGCUUUAGUGAAAGCCAUGAGAAUAUGGAUCACGCGGAAAAUGCCGCAUCCGGAAGUGGACCUGCUUCGAGGGGUCGGUCAGCAGUCACAAGGAGGCACAAGUUUGACUUAGCUGCUCGGACACUGCUGGCACGUGCUGCGGGAUUGUACCGCUCUGUACAGGCUCACAGGAAUCAGACUCGGAGAGAGGGGAUCUCUUUGCCACAAGAUCCUGGAGCAUUGUACGACUUCAACUUGGAUGAGGAGUUAGAAAUUGACCUGGAUGACGAAGCCAUGGAAGCCAUGUUUGGGCAAGAUCUGACCAGCGAGAAUGACAUUCUGGGAAUGUGGAUCCCAGAGGUAUUGGACUGGCCAACCUGGCAUGUAUGUGAGUCAGAAGACAGGGAAGAAGUAGUGGUGUGCGAGUUGUGUGAAUCCAGCGUUGUCAGCUUCAAUCAACACAUGAAAAGGAACCAUCCAGGCUGUGGGCGUAGCGCAAAUCGGCAAGGGUACCGCAGCAAUGGCUCCUACGUGGAUGGAUGGUUUGGGGGCGAAUGCGGAAGUGGGAAUCCAUACUACCUCUUGUGUGGCAGCUGCAGGGAAAAGUAUUUGGCCUUGAAGAGCAAGUCCAAGACAUCUGCCUCAGAAAGGUACAAAGGGCAAGCACCAGACCUGAUUGGGAAGCAAGACAGUGUCUACGAAGAAGACUGGGACAUGCUGGACGUUGAUGAGGAUGAAAAACUGACCGGGGAAGAGGAAUUUGAACUGCUGGCUGGACCUCUUGGAUUGAACGAUCGUCGCAUUGUGCCUGAACCGGUUCAGUUUCCAGAUAGUGAUCCUCUGGGUGCCUCCGUUGCCAUGGUCACAGCCACCAACAGCAUGGAAGAAACACUGAUGCAGAUUGGCUGCCACGGUUCCAUUGAGAAAAGCUCUUCUGGCAGAAUCACCCUGGGCGAGCAAGCGGCUGCCCUGGCCAACCCACACGACCGCGUCAUGGCCCUGAGGAGAGUGACGGCCGCGGCUCAAGUCCUCCUGGCCAGAACGAUGGUGAUGCGAGCCCUGUCCUUGCUGUCAGUCAGCGGUUCUAGUUGCAGCCUUGCAGCUGGGCUGGAGUCUUUGGGUCUGACGGACAUCCGAACCCUGGUCCGCUUGAUGUGCCUGGCUGCAGCAGGGAGGGCAGGCCUCUCCACCAGCUCCUGUGCCGUGUCGGCUUCCUCGGAGAGAUCUCGCGGCGUGCACAGCAAGAUGAGCAAGCCCAUUUCCUGCCUGGCCUACCUGAGCACUGCUGUGGGCUGCUUGGCUUCCAACACUCCAAGCGCUGCGAAGCUGUUGGUUCAGCUUUGCACCCAGAACCUGAUUUCAGCAGCAACAGGUGUAAAUUUGACCACAGUGGACGACCCAGUGCAGCGGAAAUUCCUGCCAAGCUUUCUGCGAGGAAUAGCAGAAGAGAACAAGCUUGUGACGUCUCCCAACUUUGUUGUGACUCAAGCGCUUGUGGCGUUGUUGGCAGAUAAAGGGGCCAAGCUGAGGCCCCAUUAUGAUAAAACUGAAAUGGAAAAGAAAGGCCCUCUGGAGCUGGCUAACGCACUAGCCGCCUGCUGCCUUUCUUCAAGGUUGUCCUCGCAACACAGGCAGUGGGCUGCUCAGCAGCUCGUGCGGACUCUUGCCGCUCAUGACCGGGACAACCAAGCCAGCCCUCAGACCCUUGCCGACAUGGGCGGAGAUCUGCGCAAGUGCUCCUUCAUCAAGCUGGAGGCUCACCAGAACAGGGUGAUGAGCUGUGUGUGGUGCAACAAAAAAGGACUUCUGGCAACCAGUGGGAAUGAUGGAACAAUCCGGGUGUGGAACGUUACGAAGAAGCAAUACUCGUUGCAGCAGACGUGCGUGUUCAAUAAAAUGGAAGGCGAGGCAGAUGCCAGCCUGGGGUCACCCAGUGAUCCUUGCUUGUCUCUGGUCUGCUGGAGCGUCAGUGGCAAGUAUCUGGCCGGAGCCCUGGAAAAGACGGUGAACAUCUGGCAAGUCAACGGUGGGAAGGGGCUCUUGGAUGCUCAGCCUCACCGGGUGUCUGCUCUCGCGUGGCCCGAGGAAAGUCCAGCAGCAGCAGCCUGGACAGGAGAGGCUCCGGAAGGGUUGCUCGUUGGCCGCGUAGAUGGGUCUCUGGGCCUGAUUGAAGUUUCAGAUAUUUCCACCAUGCGCAGAGUAGAACUGGAGCACUGCUACAGGAGGGAGGUGUCUGUCACCUGCCUUGCCUGGUUCAGUGAAGACAAGCCUUUUGCGAUUGGCUAUCUGGAUGGGAAAUUGCUGAUAGGGACAAGAGAGCCACUGGAGAAAGGAGGAAUCGUCUUGAUCGAUGCACACAAGGACAGUAUUGUUAACGUGAAGUGGGACCCGACUGGGAAGAUGCUCAUGACGUGCGCCAAGGAAGAAUCGGUUAAACUCUGGGGACGCUUGGGGGGCUGCUGGCAGCAUUUGUACUGUCUUUCUCACCAAGCGGUGGUGAAUACCAUUGCCUGGUGCAGCCUGCCAGGGAAAGGACCGAAGCCGCAGCUCUUGGUGGCUACAGGGUGCCAGAACGGCUUGCUUUGCGUCUGGACUGUCCCCCAAGAUGAGGUGGUCUUACUGCAUCCCAGUUUAAGUUGUUCGGAAGGAUGGUGGGAUGAGGAGACAAGUGGCAAGGAAGCAUACAGGACAGCAGCAGACGUCAGGUGUGUGUAUCAGCUGAAAGGGCACAUCACUCCUGUCCGGACCGUGGCGUUCAGUUCCGACGGACUGACCUUGGUGUCAGGUGGACUGGGUGGACUGGUGAAUAUCUGGUCUCUCCGGGACGGCUCAGUCUUGCAGAGUGUUGUGAUAGGUUCAGGAGCGAUUCAGACCACCGUGUGGAUCCCAGAAGUCGGUGUUGCUGCUUGUUCCAGUAGAUCCAAGGAUGUGUUGGUGGUGAAUUGUACGUCGGAAUGGAUCUCUUCCAGCCAUGUCCUGGCCACGUGUCGGACGGCCUUGAAGCAGCAGGGCGUCCUCGGGCUAAACACGGCUCCUUGCAUGAGGGCUUUCCUGGAGCGCCUCCCCCUGAUGCUGCAGGAGCAGUAUGCCUAUGAAAAGCCCCACGUGGUUUGCGGGGACCAGCUGGUCCACAGCCCGUACAUGCAGUGCCUGGCCUCCCUUGCUGUCGGGCUUCACCUCGACCGGCUCUUGUGCAACCCGCCUGUCCCGCCUCAUCACCAGACCUGCCUGCCUGAUCCCUCCGCUUGGAACCCCACAGAGUGGGCCUGGCUAGAAUGUUUUUCAACCACAAUCAAAGCUGCUGAAGCUCUGGCCAAGGGGGCCCAGUUCCCGGAAUCCUUCACAGUCCCAGACCUGGAGCCCGUGCCGGAGGAUGAACUGGCACUUCUGAUGGAUAAUGGCAAAUGGAUCAAUGGGAUGGAUGAGCAGAUUAUGUCUUGGGCAACGUCGCGGCCUGAGGAUUGGCACCUUGGUGGGAAAUGUGACGUGCACCUUUGGGGAGCUGGCCGGCACGGGCAGUUAGCUGAGGCUGGACGCAACGUCCUGGUACCUGUGUCAGCGCCAUCCUUCUCACAAGCCCAGCAGGUCAUUUGUGGUCAAAACUGUACAUUUGUUAUUCAAGCGAAUGGAACAGUUUUGGCUUGUGGCGAAGGGAGUUACGGUCGGCUGGGGCAAGGGAACUCCGACGAUCUUCAUGUGCUCACCGUGAUCUCAGCGCUGCAAGGCUUUGUGGUAACUCAGCUGGUGACUUCUUGUGGGUCUGACGGGCAUUCCAUGGCUUUAACAGAGAGCGGAGAAGUUUUCAGCUGGGGGGAUGGAGAUUAUGGCAAACUGGGCCAUGGAAACAGUGACCGGCAGCGCCGCCCCAGGCAGAUUGAGGCCUUACAAGGAGAAGAAGUGGUGCAGAUGUCCUGUGGCUUCAAGCACUCGGCGGUGGUGACUGCCGAUGGCAAGCUGUUCACGUUUGGAAAUGGUGAUUACGGCCGGCUGGGGCUGGGGAACACAUCCAACAAGAAGCUUCCCGAGAGAGUGACCGCUCUGGAAGGCUAUCAGAUCGGAGAGGUGGCCUGUGGGCUGAACCACACCAUAGCUGUGUCUACAGAUGGCUCCAUGGUUUGGGCAUUCGGUGACGGGGACUAUGGGAAACUUGGCUUGGGAAAUUCCACCGCCAAAUCUUCACCACAGAAAGUAGAUAUCCUUUGUGGAAUUGGAAUUAAAAAAGUCGCGUGUGGAACCCAGUUUUCCGUUGCAUUGACAAAAGAUGGGCAUGUGUAUACGUUUGGGCAAGAUCGGCUGAUUGGCUUGCCAGAAGGCAGAGCCCGAAACCACAAUCGUCCACAGCAAGUCCCAGCCUUAUCGGGAAUCUUCGUUGAAGAUGUAGCUGUCGGAGCCGAACAUACCCUCGCUCUGACCUCUUCCGGGGAUGUCUAUGCCUGGGGUAGCAACUCAGAAGGUCAGCUUGGACUGGGCCAUACCAAUCAUGUCCGAGAGCCAACCCUGAUAACGUUCCUACAAGGGAAAAACGUCCGACAGAUUUCUGCGGGACGAUGCCACAGUGCUGCGUGGACCGCUCCACCUGUUCCCCCCCGAGCACCAGGCGUGUCUGUCCCCCUCCAGCUUGGCUUACCUGAUGCCAUUCCGCCUCAGUAUGGAGCACUGAAGGAAGUGAGCACCCACACAGUCCGGGCCAGGCUGCGGCUGCUCUAUCACUUCUCCGACCUCAUGUAUUCUUCCUGGCGAUUGCUGAAUCUCAGUCCAAAUAACCAGAACAGUGCAUCCCAUUACAAUGCUGGAACAUGGGGAAUUGUCCAAGGACAGCUGAGGCCGUUGCUUGCACCAAGGGUCUACACACUUCCCAUGGUCCGCUCCAUUGGGAAAACCAUGGUUCAAGGGAAGAACUACGGGCCACAGAUCACAGUCAAAAGGAUAUCGACAAGGGGUCGGAAGUGCAAGCCAAUUUUCGUCCAGAUAGCCAGGCAGGUAGUCAAGCUCAAUGCUUCCGACCUUCGCUUGCCCUCUCGUGCCUGGAAGGUGAAGCUCGUUGGCGAAGGUGCUGACGAUGCAGGGGGCGUCUUCGACGACACCAUCACAGAGAUGUGCCAGGAACUCGAAACGGGUGUCGUAGACCUUCUGAUUCCUUCCCCCAACGCAACAGCUGAAGUUGGCUACAACAGAGAUCGGUUCCUCUUCAGCCCCUCGGCCUGCCUGGAGGAGCAGCUGCUGCAGUUCAAGUUUCUGGGCAUCCUGAUGGGCGUGGCCAUCCGCACCAAGAAGCCCUUGGACCUCCACCUGGCCCCAGUGGCCUGGAAGCAGCUUUGCUGCAUCCCACUGGCCUUGGAGGACCUCGAGGAAGUGGACCUUCUCUACGUGCAAACCCUCAACAGCAUUCUUCACAUUGAAGACAGCGGGAUCAGGGAAGAGAAUUUCCACGAGAUGAUUCCUCUGGAUUCUUUCGUGGGCCAGAGUGCUGACGGGAAGAUGGUUCCCAUAAUCCCUGGUGGGAACAGCAUCCCCCUGACCUUUUCAAACAGGAAGGAAUACGUGGAGAGAGCCAUUGAGUACAGGCUCCACGAAAUGGACCGCCAGGUGGCCGCCGUGCGGGAAGGCAUGUCCUGGAUCAUCCCGGUGCCUCUGCUCUCCCUCCUGACGGCCAAGCAGCUGGAGCAGAUGGUCUGUGGCAUGCCCGAAAUCUCGGUGGACGUCCUGAAGAAGGUGGUGCGCUACCGGGAGGUGGACGAGCAGCACCAGCUGGUCCAGUGGUUCUGGCACACCCUGGAAGAGUUCUCGAACGAGGAGCGAGUCCUUUUCAUGAGGUUCGUGUCAGGAAGGUCUCGCCUGCCAGCCAACACAGCAGACAUUUCUCAGCGUUUCCAAAUAAUGAAGGUUGAUCGGCCUUACGACAGCCUGCCUACCUCACAGACUUGCUUCUUUCAACUGAGGCUCCCGCCGUAUUCCAGCCAGCUAAUCAUGGCCGAGCGUUUGCGCUACGCAAUCAACAACUGCAGGUCUAUAGACAUGGACAAUUACAUGCUGUCCCGGAACGUGGACAACGCCGAGGGCUCCGACACAGACUACUGACUCUGUGCUCAAAACCAUCUUUCUCUCCUGCACUUUGUGCCCCAUCUCAGAUUUCAAUGUUGACACCGUUUUAUGGUACCGAUAGAUGUUUUAGAAGCAAACCAACAGUGGCCACGUUUUUAGUUACGAUAAAUGUAAUGAAACUUAGAUGUGUUUAUUUUUUUGUGACUGUAAACAAAGAAAAGCAAAAGUGAGAUCAGCAACAGGGUUUUUUCCCCCUCCCUCCCUCCCCUCAUUUUUGUUCUCUUUUGAUAAGUUUGCAUGGAGCCUUCCUGGUGCGUUUUCUGUUGGGAAUGUGGCACGUUUGCGAACCCUCCCAGUGAACAUGAAGAGUUGUACAUUGUGUAUAAUUGUUCAUUAGAAAGGACAGUUUUACAUGAAUAUUCAUAUAUUUAUUUUUGUUUUAAUUUGAAAUGCCUGUGCAGGGUUCCUUAUGCAGAGAAAAUAAAGCAAACUGAAGAACUGAA